CAGCACUUUCGUUGUACUGCAGAUUCAUUCAUGACAGCUUAUUUCGGUGGUGGUGAUGCACUAAGCUGCUGGACUCCACAACAAUUUCGUAGAGGUUGGGACCAGUAUGUCAACGAUUUUUGUCUUGUCGAAAAUACGUAUUUUUUACCACUAGAAAACGCAUCACUUCCUGAAAAAAUUGAAACUCGUGAAAAUGGAAAACUUCCGUACUAUCAGUGGGUACCAUUCGUAUUGGCCUUACAAGCAAUAAUGUUUUGCAUACCACAUAUGUUUUGGAGAGCCCUGAAUUGGAUGUCUGGUAUAGUUUGUUGUUUCGCUUUCUCCAUUCGCAAUUCAGUCAUAUGGGGGCUCCAAAUGCUGCGCAGGUUAUUUAGAGGUUCAGAAUGGACUCAAACGUCUGUAUUUCCUAGAGUUACAGUGUGCGACUUUGAGAUUCGAGAACUGGGUAAUCUUCAUCGAUGGUCUGUGCAGUGCGUUUUGCCACUGAACAUGUUUAAUGAAAAGCUCUUCAUACUGCUAUGGUGCUGGAUUAACUUUGUUUUAAUUGUGACCAUUAUAAAUACCAUCAACUGGAUGAUCAAAGUACUUUGCAUAAGAAGUGGAAUAAAAUUUUAUGUCAACGUUCUCGAAGCUGCACAGGUACGUUCUCAAUUACUAAUUACAACAACAGAUACUAGAUCUGUUAGAUAA